UUAUUAUUAUUAUUAUUAUUUGGACGCUAACGUGACGGUGAAUAAGUAAUCAAGAAGAAUGUCGGAGGAUGAAGAUGAUUAUAUGUCUGAUGCUUUUCUUAACCCGGUACUGGACGUUCGACCUGGCAUGCCAAUGGUGAAACCUUUAAAGGAGGCUCUAAGACGAGAGACUUUGCGCAAAGAGAAAAACAUUCUUAACCAGCAGAAAAGCUACAAGGAGCAAGAGCAGAACAGACGCGAUGCUGCUCUGCAGAGCUCUCUAAGCAGCGAGAAUAAAGGAUUUGCAUUGCUGCAGAAAAUGGGCUACACUGCAGGGCAAGGUCUGGGAAAAGAAGGUACUGGACGAGUUGAACCAAUUCCCCUUAACAUAAAAACUGAUAGAGGGGGCAUUGGAAUGGAAGAACUAAAGAAAAGGAAGGCAGAAAUGAACCUACAAAAAUACAGAAAAAAACUGAAGGUGAAGCAGCAUAUGGAGAAGAAGUCUCUUGAGGAUUUCAGAGACCGCAAAAGAACUGAGAGGGAAAAACAUGAAACUGAAGGAGAUCUGAGGAAGAGUCAGUGGGCCUGUGAACAACUAGACAGACAAAAGGGAAUAAAUGUACCAAGGGAUAGUUGGUACUGGCCUGAAGUCGUUAAGAAUCAAGAGGCUGAGGCUGAGCAUGACGAGCCCAACACUGAAGGAAGGGAAGACGAUGAGGAAUUGACGUCAUUAGUGAAGCUUCAGUUCAUCACAUCAUACCUGAGGAGUGUGCAUUUCUACUGCAUAUGGUGUUGGACUGCAUACAGAGAUGAGGAAGAUAUAAAUACAAAUUGUCCUGGUGAUACAGCAUCAGACCACAAUGAGUAAAGCAAGAAUCACAAUAUGGAGGAAUGCCUAUGUUUUCAAUUUUUUCCCUGUUAUUUUGCAUACAGAUAUUUAAUUGCCCUUUUGACUUUUUUUUUUUUUUUUUUUUUUUUAAAUAUAUAUGUAAUUUUUUUUGAUUGGAUAACUAUUAUUAGAAAUAUUUUGAUUGCCCUUCUGAAGUUGUUUCAGGCUUGUAAUUUUAUGAACAACUGUCAUGUUGUAAUUGUGUAUUGUAAUUGUGU